AUGCCUGCAUCUGCAACUGCUCCCGGAGCGAAUGUCCUGCCUGUCGCCGCUGCUCCUGCAUACGUCUCGUCUAACCUACAUGACUUCUGGCCAAGGAUGCCAUGGUCUGCACCGGACGAACCCGCUCCACCAUUCCUUGACAUGCAAGCGUUGAAAGACGAUGUUGAUUUCGUAAAGGAACAUUGGCUCGACACUGAGCCGCGCAUGCCUCCACCGAACGACAACUCUCGUUGGCAUGGCAUCAAGCUAUUAGGAUCUGGUAGCUAUGGCGCAGCCGGUUUGUGGGCUGAAGCCGAUGCAGCAAACAAUAUUCGUGACAGAAUGGUGAUCAAAGAAGCCAAAGCCUUCACACCAAGCCGAUGGCGCGAUCCCAAGAACUGGCGGGACCGAUUGCCACAAGAAAUACGUAUCCACCAGCUUCUCGAAGAACGUCGUGUCGUGGAACCAGCCAUGUGUCGUCAUAUUAUCCAUUACCAUUCGGGUGGCGACAUGAACGCGGCAAUGACAUUUCAUGCUCAAAGCUGGAAGGACGGGAAACCCACCGACGAGGACAUAUUCGUACCAGAGGGGUUCGUCUGGUAUACCAUCAAAGCGCUCGCGACUGCUUGUCUGGUGCUUCGCGAAGGCACCAUCGAUGGCACUACGGCUGAUGGCUGGAGACCCAUCACCCACUUGGAUUUGCAGUUACCAAACAUACUUUUGAAUGUUUAUACUCCACAGAUUCCGGAAGCCAAAGGAAAGUCAAAAGCGGGCUCCUCCAAGAGUGCUAGACUCAACCGUGCCGACGCUGACGAUUGGAGGGCUAGAGAGCCUCCCGUGAUGCCUGUUCUCGCAGACUUUGGUAUUUCCUUCUUCAGUCCGGAUCGUGGCAACUGUCCGAUUACCGACAAUCCUGACGACUAUGUCAUCCACGAAACUGACACGCGAUAUCCUCCUCUAAUCGCUCCUAGGAAAUGCACCAACAAGAGGAACCGUACUAUCUCGAGUUGGGUGAAAGAACUGAUGUUUGGGGCAUCGGUCACAUCGCAUGGAGGCUCUUAUGUAAUAAGCAAGUUGAUGUAUUUGGUCCGAUUCGUUGCGACACAAAACCUUCGCGCAGCACGAAAAAAGAUGACCAGCACAAAAUCCCGUUAG